AAUAUUUAAGAAAAUGUAGAAUGCAGAAUGCAUUUUAUAAAAAGUUUAAAUAAACUUAAUUAAUAGACACUCAAUAUUAAUAAUCAAGAAUUUAUAAAUAAACAAAUCCUUGAACCAAUAAAAACCGCCAAAAAGUUAGCUUGCCAUUCGGAUGUGAACGCAAAAAAAACAGCUGUUUCUCCCCAGUUCAAAACAAAUCCGUGGAAAAUUAGUUGACUCCACAAAGAAAAAUUCCAGCGGUCUCCAAAAUGUCUGAGGAAAUCCUUUUCGACUGCCUGCAUGCAGAGAUAGUCAACUACUGCUUGGAUAGCAAUAAGGAGCACGACCUGGCCACCUUGGAGUACAUUGGGUUCACCACCGGCUACCGCCUGAUCGAGCGGCUCACCCGCGAGGUGUCCCGUUUCAAGGACGAGCUGGAGACCAUGAAGUUCAUAUGCACUGACUUCUGGACGCUCAUCUACAAGAAGCAGGUGGACAACCUGAGGACAAACAACCAUGGCAUGUACGUGGUGCAGGACAAGGCGUUUCGCUUUCUCACGCGCAUCUCGCCGGGCACCAAGCAGCUGGAGCAUGCGCCCAAGUUCGUGGCCUUCACCUGCGGGCUGGUGCGCGGAGCGCUCAGCAAUCUGGGCAUCAAUAGCACCGUGACCGCAGAAGUGCAGAGCAUACCCGCCUGCAAGUUCCACAUAGAAGUGAAUAGGAACUAGUUAGGACAUAAGGCAAAACGUUUAUUAAUACACUUAUAAGAAUA